GGGAGAGAGAGCAUCUAAGAUCACUGAUUAAGGAUAACUGAGUAGUUACACAAGAAACAAUCUCCCAUUUGAUCAAUGUUUUUGAAUUUAGUGUUAUCAUAAUUGUGACAGCAACAUUUGUUAAGGUCUCCGUCAAUUUAUUAAACACCAAUAUUUUAAGUAAGAAUAUUGUGAUAUGAUUAGGGUAUGAGUUAUGAAAAAUGUAGUUAACUUUUUGACGUGACAACAUAAUUUUUAAAAAAAAUGUUUGAAGUUCAUCGAAAUGUUAACAUUCUAUGAAUCAUCUCUUCUAUGGAAUUUGAUUUAUUGUUCAUCUAACAUAGGUUAGGUUGUCGCAGUGUAAACUAAAAACGCAACAUUUAUCAUAUUAUGAAUAAAGAAAUAUUGCAGUUCCGAGAACGAGCAGAGAAAGCGGAGGCAGAGAUAAAGCUUCUGCAUGAGGAGAUCCAGAAACUGACCACGACCCUCGGAGCGGGCGACAGCGACGAUGCGGAGGACUUGACCGAUCUCAUCUUGGAGAACAGGAAGCUGAAGCACAGAAUCGCUAUCUUGAAGAGGGCGGUGGAGUCGGAGCAGCGCGCCAGGCCGCAAGCGUCGGACGGCAGGAUGAAAGACGUGCACCGGACCUUGCACGAGCUGUUCUCGGGCGCCGUCGCGGCGGCGUUCCCGGACCUGCCCGAGGCCCCGUGCCCCAUCGUGACCUCCAGCUUCUGCGACUACCAGUGCAACGCCGCCAUGCCGAUAUCGCAGCUCCUCAAGGCACAAGGCGUCAAGAAGCCCCCGCGCUCCGUCGCGGAGGAGAUAGUGGCCCGCGUGGAGCCGUCCGGCCUGGUGGAGAGGCUGGAGAUCGCUGGACCGGGCUUCAUCAACAUCUUCCUCAGCCGUGGCUACGCCGUCGAGUGCCUGAGAGAGGUCCUGCUGUCCGGCGUGCGGCCGCCCGCGCUGGAGACUCGCCUCCGCGUCGUCGUGGACUUCUCGUCCCCGAACGUGGCCAAGGAGAUGCACGUGGGCCACUUGAGGUCGACGAUCAUCGGGGAGAGCAUGUGUCGUCUCCUGGAGUUCCUGGGCCACGACGUGGUGCGGGUGAACCACAUCGGCGACUGGGGGACGCAGUUCGGGAUGCUCAUCGCUCACCUGCAGGACAUGUUCCCAAACUACCUGAAGGAGUCCCCGCCCAUCAAGGACCUGCAGGAGUUCUACAGAGAGUCGAAGCGUCGGUUCGACUCGGACGAAGAGUUCAAGAAGAGAGCCUACGACUGCGUAGUCAAGCUGCAGAGCUUCGAACCGGACCACAUCAAGGCCUGGCAGAUGAUAUGCGAUGAGUCGAGGAAAGAAUUCCAGAAACUGUACGAACGACUUGAUGUUACGCUGACUGAAAAAGGAGAAUCUUUUUAUCAGACGAGAAUGGUCAACGUCUUGAAAACAUACAGUGACUUCAUAGAAGUGGACGAGAACGGCAGGAAGGUGCUGUUCGGCGGCCCCAGCGACCCCAUCCCCAUGAUCCUGGUCAAGUCCGACGGUGGCUUCACCUACGACACCUCGGACCUGGCCACCAUCAAGUACCGCAUCGAGGAGGAGAAGGCCGACUGGAUCAUCUACGUCACGGAUGCCGGCCAGGCUGUGCAUUUCGACCUUCUGCGAAACUGUGCCAAGAAGCUGGGUAUUCUGGACGACAGCAGAGUGCGCGUCGACCACGUGGUCUUCGGAGUGGUUCUGGGCGAGGACAAGAAGAAGUUCAAGACGCGCUCCGGGGAAACCAUCCGGCUGGCAGAGCUUCUGGACGAGGGCCUGCGCCGUGCGCUGGACAAGCUGCGGGAGAAGGAGCGCGACAAGGUGCUGGGCCCAGAUGAGCUCCGCGCCGCGCAGGAGGCCGUGGCGUACGGCUGCGUCAAGUACGCCGACCUGGCCCAGAACCGCGUGCACGACUACGUGUUCUCCUUCGACAAGAUGCUGGACGACAAGGGCAACACGGCCGUGUACCUGCUGUACGCCUUCACGCGCAUCCGCUCGAUCGCUCGCACGGCCGGGCUCUCCGCGGACCAGGUGCGCGCCGCCGCCGCCACCGUGCCCGUGUCUCUGGAGCACGACAAGGAGUGGAGGCUCGCGAAGGUUCUGUUGCGUUUGCCUGAAGUGAUAACGCGAAUAACCAAGGACCUGUGCAUGCACCAUCUGUGUGAACUGACUUAUGACAUUGCGACCACAUUUACUGAGUUCUACGACAAGUGCUACUGCGUGGAGAAGGACUCGUCUGGUGAAAUUGUCAAGGUGAACAUGGGACGCAUACUUCUUGCCGAAGCAACUGCAUGUGUGUUGAAACAGUGUUUUGACAUACUUGGACUGAAACCUGUCUCACGGAUGUAGCCCCAAAAGGAUAUUAAAAUCCAAUUAUAACUUG